AUGAAGAUGAGGUUGAAAAGGAAGCUGAAGGUGAAAGGGAAGUGGAAGGAGAAGGGGAAGGUGAGAUGGCUAGAGAACAAAACACCAAGGAAGUGCCAACAUUUUGUUGAUGAAAACGCCAAGGAAGAGGCUGAUGAGAGAGAAGAAAGUGAACAUGAAGAUGAGGUUGAAAGGGAAGCUGAAGGUGAAAGGGAAUGGGAAGGAGAAGGGGAAGGAGAAUCAGAAGAGGAACAUGAAGGGGAAGGGGAGAUGGCUGGAGAUCAAAAAGCCAAACCCUCAACUGUUACGCCACCCCCCAUAAAUGAUGAUGCUCAAAAUGAAGAUGAAAUGGAAUCUGAGGGUGGUGAUGAGUAUAUUAUAUUGUCAGCUGAAGAAAGUACAGAUGAAGAUAUAAACGAAAAUGAUAUUAAAAGUUGGGAUUGUGAUUUUAAAACAAUUGAAUAUCAUAUUUUUAGAUAUAAUGGGGAAAAGAUAAUUAAAAGGAAUAUUGUUGAGGUUUUAGAACUGCCGAGACAAGACCGAGAACAAAUGAUUGAACUAAAAGAAGAUGUAGAUUGUCCAAAGAUGGUGGAAGAAAUGCUUAAAGCUAUAAAAAACCACCUGCACCCUACUGAGGAGACCCCGCGAAUGCCUGUAUUUGAUGCUAUGCCAAAAAUCCCCCCAACAGAAACACAAUACAGUCAGGGGUUCAUCACUGAACUCGAAAAAACAACUGAGGCAAUCCAUGACAAAACGCCAAACGUACCUGUGACUGAGACACAGUUCAGUGACGCAUUCAUUUCUCAACAAGAAAAAACUGAAGGGGAGAUGGUGAAAAAAAGUGUUGACCAGCAAGGUGCAGUGGUUGAUGAAACGCGAUGUCAGCAGCCACCAUCUGGAGGUAGGAAGAACCUCAUGCAAGCUUUUGAAGAAGAAAAGACACCCCAGAAACCCCAAGAUGCAAACGCCACUGACACAUCACCAACCAAAACGCCGAACAGGGCGGAUGUGCAGGAGAAGGGUGAUGAGGACAAAACGCCAGACAUCAUAAAGUUGAUGCAAGAUAACACCAUUUUAAACCCAAAGAAGCUGCAUGGUGAUGAUGAAGAAGAUGAAUAA